CAAUAAUUUUUACAAUUCUUUAAGAAUUUCACGUUUAUACGGUAUUUGAAAAAUUGUUUUUCUCCGAUCAAAUUAUAUUUGAUUGCCGAAAAUUGCCGAAGCUAUCUUCGGCUCAUUCGGGUACCCACAUAGAAAAUGGAGUUUGAGCAAAGCAAGCGAAGCAGCUAUUCGCCAUCGUUGAUGGGCGCUCAACGACAGUUCGGAGCUGGGUGCAUCACAUAUCUUGUGACAAACGUGGAUUUUUGUGCUUAAUGCGAACAAAAAGUACGUCGAAGUGAAACUAAAGCAGUGUGCAAAACGUUUGAAGGUUUCCAAAAAUGUCAUCUGCACAAGUUGAUCGGACUACUAAAGUAAGUCAAAUUACUAAAAAGGAAAAUGAUAAAUCAAGAAAAACAUUUAACUCCUCUCAUAAAAAGCAUAAACAUGAGGAUAGUCGUCAUUUUAAAUUUGGUAGAAAGCGUCUACAAAGUUUUACUAGCAAUGGUAAAUUUUUUCCACCAUACAAACGUAGAAAGAAGGAAGGUGCAAUUAUUCCACCCACAAAAUUUCUGCUUGGUGGUAACAUAUGUGAUCCUUUAAAUUUAAAUAGCAUGCAAGAUGAGGAAAUAAAUAGAGCUAUGAAUGCUGUCACACCUAAAUCUAGCCCAUUACCAACACCUAAGCAUAAGAAAGAAGUAAUUGAAGUCAUAAUUCCACCAAAUAUCUGUGAUCCUUUGAACCUAAGCAAUUGCAAUGACAAUGACGAAUAUGAGAAGCAGCUUAUAUCACCGACAAAAAAGGGCUCUAAACGACGAAAUAGAAAGAAAAAACGAGCAUCUUCAGGUUCUGGGAAUGAUGCAAGUGAUUCUAUUGAGACUAAAAUUAAAGACUGUGAUGGUAUCGAUGUUGCAGAACCUAUGGAACAUAGUGUUUCAGAAAAUGUUGAAACAGAAGUGCAACAACCAUCGUUGAAUUCACCACCAAUCAAUACAUCCAGUCAAGUUAAAGAGGCAAAACCAGAAAGUCCACAAAAAGACAAGAAUAAAUUACGUUUAAAAGGUUUGGAGGAGCCUAAAGAUAAAAGAUUAAGAAAACUAGAUGUCAAAGAUAAAAUUGUCAGUCCUGUAAUUCCUCAACCCGGAGCAUGGAAGCCUAGACCACAACAUAGACCAAGUCAAGACAAGAAAAAGAAACAAACAAUGCCCAAAUUCAGGGAGAAAGAUGCACGUUAUCAAUAUGGAAAUUAUAAUAGGUAUUACGGAUAUCGCAAUUCUCAUAACGAAAUGGACACAAGACUGACAGUAUUUGCACAGCGAAAACAUUUAUUUGUUGGGAAAGAUGUGUUAGACAUUGGUUGCAAUAUUGGCCACAUUACCCUUUCCGUUGCAAGAGAUUUCUCUGCUCGCAGUGUAACUGGUAUUGACAUUGAUAGAACACUUAUCAAUAUAGCUCGAAAAAAUAUCAAACAUUAUGUCAAUUGUGUACAGUCUCCUGCUGGUAAUGAAGACAGCGAUCAUCAGGAUGUAAACUUCUUCCCAAUAUCUAUGCCAAUCAAUUAUGGCCCAGUAGAUAUUCCAGGUUUCACAAAAGAUAAAAGUCAUAAAGGUUUCCCUUACAAUGUUAAUUUUGUACAGGGUAAUUACGUGCUCGAGGAUGAUUCUUUAUUAUGUACAGAACAACCACAAUUUGAUGCGAUUCUUUGUUUAUCGAUAACUAAAUGGAUACACUUGAAUUUCGGAGAUGCAGGUUUAAAACAAGCAUUCAAACGUAUGUAUGCCCAAUUACGCCCGAGUGGGGUUUUAAUAUUAGAACCUCAAGGUUGGAGCAGUUAUACCAAGAAAAAGAAUCUCACCGAACGUAUAUACAAGAAUUAUCAAAGUAUCGAGUUUCGACCACAUAAUUUCACCCAGUAUCUACUAUCUUCAGAAGUCGGUUUUUCCAAAUGCGAGGUAUUGUCGAUCCCCCCCCAUCCGGCGAAAGGAUUCCAACGGCCGAUCCAUUUGUUCACCAAAGCAGAUUUAUCGCAAGAUGAUCUCAGGAAAAGCAUGUUGAACAGACAAGAGCGAAGGGACGAGGAAAGAAGGAAAUUGAAGGAAUACGAGAGAAAACUGUUCAAGAAGGAGGACGCUAAAGAGGGGAAUAUGUCGGAGAUCAGUCAACAAAGCAACGAAUCCAUGAGCCAAUACGAUCAGUUGGAGAAUGUUUAUGCCCCUAGCGCGACUCCGUGCUACGACACGAUUGGCCACAAUAAUGAUAACCAACCAUCGGACGCCUCGAAAAUGUGUUACGUGGAUGUAAAUGUAGAGAACGAUAAAAUAGAGACGGAAAGUCAGUCAUUCGAGUGUUCGAGCGCAUCGGAGAGCGUGCAACCGAAUAAUAAAACGGCCACGAUUGAAAAUCAAACGUUGAGAAAGCGAAGUGUAGAAACGGAAGAUGUAAUAGACGCAAAGAGAUCCAAAAGCGUGGAUGGGACAACGUUCAGAUCCGUAACGGGCGAAAUUGAAAGGAUAACGGAGGUUAAGGAGGUUAAGGAGGAAGAUACGUCAAUUUCAACAAGCAGCAGAUCGGAGAAGGAGCGAAGAGGGAACGAAUCAAACGUCCAAUCGACGAGCGAUCGUCUAAAUGAAAGGAGCAACGAGGAGGAAGAGUGUGGGACAAAGACCGAGGAAUGGAAGGAAUUGGGCAAUGGAUUGAGGAGUCCUUGCGCAAAGAAACGAACGGAGAGGCAACAUUGUGAAUUGAUCUCGGAUAACACGAUACCUGGUGAGAGUUUCAGUGUAAUGUAAUUUGUAUUAGCGCGAAUCUGUCAAAUUAAUCUUGAAUAUAAGAGACUAUUACUAUUACCAGGUGUUAAAUAUAUACGUGACACAACGUGUGAUGCUCCAUUAGAGGAUGAGACUCGAGAAGGAAUAAUGAUAAAUAAUAAUAGUAAUAAUAAUAAUAAUAAUAAUAAUGAUAGUAAUAAACGAUGAUAAUAAAUAAUAUUAAUAAUAAUAAUAAUAAAAAAGGAACAAACGAAGAAAGGAAUAAAGAUCUAAAAGUAAGCACUGUACAUGAUAGAAAUUGUAUCGCUUAAUAACACACAUACGUUAACGAAUGUGAAAAAUAGCGAGAUAAGAAAUGCGAAAUUCUUAUAUCUGCUGGCUGUGCCUGAGAAACUGAAUAGUGUACAUUAAAACGAAAAAACGUUGGCAAAUUUGAAGGAUGAUGGAUAGGCGAAACAAAUUCUAAGUACGUGCCUAAACGAAAACGAAGCAUUUUGCAUUGUGCACUAUCCCGAAGCACGUUUUUUCCCGGAUAUUGUUCGUUAAUUAAUAACGGGGGUUAGUCUAGAACGAAGACUGACUUUUUUUUUUUUUUUUUCUUCUUCUUUUGACUUUACCGUGUCUUUCGACGAUGCGAAGAAAAGGGAAAAAGAGAAAAGAAACGAAGGGGAGAAGAGGUGCGAUGAAUAUAAUAUAAUAAAGAGGAAAUAGAGAUAAUUUCUCAGGUUUGUGCUUCUGCAAAAGCUCUGCUUGCGUCAUUGCCAUAUUCGUCUUUCCCGUGUAAAGGAGAGGAGAGGAAAAGAGAAAAGUAAAGAUGAACAAUCGAAGAAGCAGUUUCUCUUCUUCGGAAAAACCCAUCCUGAAUCUGGGAAGAAAAGAGAGGGAGUAAGGAAAAUACACGAUUUUAUUAUUAUUGUUAUUGUUUUGGUUUAUAUUAAUCGGCCAGGCAAGGAUAUAUACAUAUAUAUAUCCACCACUGUGUUUUUAAACUUGAUCCAUUUUUCUGUACGUUGCAGGCUGUAUCUUUUUAACUAUAAUAAUGUGACAAAAUUAAAAAGACGCUGCUUUUUAAUUUUAAUUGCUUAUCAACACGUUGCCUCUAUUGUGAAUUUAUAUAUUAUAUAUACAUAUAUAUUGCGAGGAAAGACGAAGAAAGGAAAAGAGAAAAGAAAGAAAAAGAACCGACAAACGUUCUUUUCUUCUUCUUCUUCUUCUUCUUUUUUUUUUUCGUUUAUUUGAUUGAUUGACAAUGAGAGUAGAGGAAGAAGAAGAACAAGAAGAAGAAGAAAAUGGAGAGAAUGAGAGAAUGAAAGAGUAUAUCAUGAGUGAGACAAAACAAAAAAAAAGAAGGGAAAAAAGGAAAGGAAAUAAUAAUGAAUAAAAUUGUACAGAAGGACGUAAUGAACAUAAUGAAUGAUAAAAUUGAUUGCUAAGAAAUUUAGAGGAGAGAGAGAGAGAGAGAGAGAGGGGGUGAAAGAGAGAUUGACUGAUGGAAAAGUGAGACAUAGGUUUGUGAAAACCUUAGAUUGUAGACCUGUAAAUUUAUGUAAUUUUAAAGGAUCCGAGCGUAUUGUUUCAUAUAGUUGUUAUUUAUUUAUAAAGCCAAGAAAUCUUCGAAUUUGUUGAAUAGAGAAUAGAGAAAGAUUGAACGAGCGAGAGAGAGAGAGAGCGAGCGAGAGAGAGAGCGUGAGAAUGAAAGAGCGAGAGCGAGAGAGAGAGAGAGAGAUGAUCGAAGUUGUCGAAAGUAUUAUUAUAUCGUUGAAGCGUGGUCAUUCGUUAUAUACACGAGUCAUAUAGACAUAAAGAAAGAAGACGCAGAAGAAUUUACAAAAAAAAAAAAAAGAAAAAAAAAAAGAAAUGAUAUAUACUCGGCAAUUGUACAAAAGUUCCUCAAGAACGACUCAAAAUGGAAGAGAGAAAACAAAGAUGAGAGAAACAAUAAUAGUGAUAAAUGGGGGAAAAAAAAAAAAAAGAGAGAAAAGAAAACGAAACAUGAAAACGAAAGCUUCCGCCGAAUACUUGUAGUACAAGCGGCUUUCCUUCUUGUAAUAUCUAGUCUGUAAUAUCACGGAGAGGAAGAAUGGAAUAAUCACGCGAAUAGUCACUUUUUACCUCGAAAUGAAAUUUCGUUUUCGAUUCGUGCGAACUUUCUCGCACGCUCCGCCAAACAUUCUUGUUCGAGCCAAUGUUUCAUGCGUUCAUAAUCAUAAUUACGCGCAUGCGCACACGCAAUAAUGCAUAUACAUGUUGCACGUUUUUUUCAUUCAAAUUCCAUUUAAAUGAAGUCACUUUGUAAUCUUCUAAUUCUCUAUUGUAAUUGAAACGGUGAAAUCGAUUUAUUAAAAAAAAAAAAAUCGUCUCAAGCAGAGAUGAAACGGAAGAAGAUGAAGAAAGAUCAAGUAUUUUCUUCUUUGAGAAAUUGGCAAACGGAAGAUGAAGAAAAUUGUUUGAUGAUUGUAACUAGAAUCAUAAAUACUUAUAUCUUCAACUUAUGUCUUCUUUCGCGCAUGAAAUCAACUCGAACACGAAUGCGACUGACACGUUCGUAACUUUUUAUCCCUCGUCGCCUUGAAUGUGUAGCACGUUGUUCGAAUUAGAAGAA